CAUGAGUGUUAGCUCUUAUUGUUUUGUUUUUGUAAAAUACAAAGAAUAGUGACUUAUAUUGUAUGAUUCAAAUAAAUAUGUCGAACGCGGACAGGUUUAUCUCUGACCGAGAUAAGAUACCUGAUAAACUCUAUAAAUAAAUUGGUUCAAGAUAACACUCACCAGUACUUUCGACUACCAGUGAAGUGAGAAAGGUGUUUAAGGUUUUCCACACAAAAGUGUAAAAAUGAGUUAUCCUCCACCCGGCCCGCCACCGCCUCCGUACUACGGCGCUCCUCCACCCUGGCCCAUCCCUCCCCCCUACAGCUACCCACCACCUUCGUCUUCUUACCAACCUCCUCAGCAUUCGCACCAGUAUCCUCCAGCACCAGAUCACAGUCAGAGCGGCCAGCCCGCCCCCUACCCGUACUUCGUGCCGGGGACCAUGAUGGUACCAGUUCCCAUCCCACACGAGCCUGCCAGCCAACCUACUUAUAUAACCAACUACAUAUACCAUGGGGAAACUGCAGCGACCAGCACGGAACCGGUGCAGAUAGCUGAGAGUUCUGGAGACUUCGAUUGGAUUCCCACGACAGCAACGACAGCGGGACAUCUGACAGGCAAAGCGGUGCUCGGCGGACAUGAAGGCUGGGAUGGAAGCCCGCUCUGGGUAAUCAGGUCUUGGCACAACGGAGAUCUCAUCCCCGGAAAGCUCUCUGUGAGACAUAACGCUGCUUCUGUUAUGUACAAUGGCAAGGAGAUCCCGGUGCAGAAUAUCGAAGUACUCUGUGCGAGGCCGGAGAACUUGCGAUGGGUGCCGGCGUCUAAUGGGAAUGUACCACCCGGUGCUAUUCCCGGGGGGAAGACGAUGUCUGGGGAGACGCUGUACGUGGGGCGGGCGCGGCAUCAGCUGUCCAUCACUCCAGGGAAGGUGCAUCCUAGUCACAAUGCCUGCUAUAUCGGCUUUGGCGGCGCUGAGGUAGUUCACAAGAUGUAUGACGUACUCUGCAGGAUAAGUUGAAGCUUUAUUGAACGCAAUCGUAUUAAAAAAUAGAUAUAUGGCUCAGUAUUAAUUUUGCGUGCAAUUUUAUCUUUUACCGAUAAGAGCUGAUAACGUAAAUAAAAGGAAUUUUGAUAUUGUUCUGAUAACUUUAGUGAAUAAUGAUUAUUUGUAAAUAUUUUUUUCU